CUAUUUCCGAGCUUUUUGCAUCGUGGACUUAUUACAACAGGCCACAACUUCUUCUUCCUAGAUAAAUAUAUCGCCAUACCGCACACGUAGUUCUUCUGCUCGUGAUUUCAUUUAUUUCUCAUUCAAAAGGCCAACCCCAACACCAGCACCACACAUACUCUUCUCUAACAGAUAAUCUGAUCGCAUUUUCACACUAUUUCUCGCUUCCACCUCCGCUUCACUUAUCUCUGAGCUAAGAAUUGUAUCUUUUGUAAAGAAUAUGAGCAAUAGCAUUGGCCAUAAUUUGCUCCACAAUAAUUUGCUUCAUUCCACGGUUUUAGAACAUCAGAGCAAAUUCAAUUCUUCUGGCAUUCCUGCCAACUCUUUGUAUCAAGUUGCCUCUGUAAAUCAGGCAGAGGGAAAAUCAUCCGUUUCCACGAAAUUUUAUGGGACCAGUUUGAACGUUAGGAAACCAUGCCUGGCUGUGGAUAAGUGUCGCCCUAUUAGAUUCAUUCCAUGUGCUGUAUUAGCCAUGAAUCCGGCUUCUGAGCAGCUAGCAAGAAAAUACAAUCUUGAGGGUAAUAUUGAACUGCAGGUUACUGUUGGUCCUUCAAAUAUAGGAUCUGUAACAGAAGUAAAUCUUCAGGUCUUUUAUGAAAGCAAUUCUUUACUUCUGCACUGGGGUGGGAUACGUGAUAGAAAGGAGAAAUGGGUAUUUCCUUCACGUCAGCCAGAUGGAACCAGAAAUUAUAAGAACAGAGCUCUUAGAACUCCCUUUUCACAUUCUGGUUCCCAUUCCUUCCUUAAACUAGAGAUUGAUGAUCCUGCUAUACAAGCUAUAGAGUUUCUCAUAUUUGAUGAAGGCCAGAAUAAAUGGAUCAAAAAUAAUGGCAGAAACUUUCAUGUAAAGUUACCCAUGAAAAAGGAGUUGCUUCAAAAUAUUUCAGUUCCUGAAGAUCUUGUUCAGGUUCAAGCAUAUUUGAGGUGGGAAAGAAAGGGUAAACAGAUGUAUUCCCCUGAACAGGAGAAGGAGGAAUAUGAAGCAGCUCGCUUUGAGCUUUUGGAGGAAGUUGCGAAGGGUACUUCCAUAGAGGACCUGCGAGCAAAGUUAACAAGAAAAAGUGAUGGACAUGAAACAAAGGGCCCAUCUAUCCAUGAAAUAAAUAACAAGAUACCUGAGGAGCUUGUACAAAUACAAGCGUAUGUACGAUGGGAAAAAGCUGGGAAGCCCAAUUAUUCUGCAGAUCAACAGCUUCGGGAAUUUGAGGAAGCAAGAAAAGAGUUGCAAUCUGAACUAGAGAAAGGUGUUUCUCUUGAUGAAAUACGGAACAAGAUUGUCAAAGGAGAUAUACAGACUAAGGUCUCAGAUCAACUUAAAAAAAAAAGGUAUUUUAGUGCUGAAAGGAUUCAGCGGAAGAAGAGGGACUUAAUGCAGCUUCUCAAUAAACAUUCAUCUAAAACUUUGGAUAAAAUGGAGAUUUCAGUUGAAACAAAAGCAUCAACUGCAGUUGAACUUUUCAUCAAGGCAAAGGAAGAACAGGAUGGUAAUUCUGUUGUCAACAAGAAAACUUACAAGCUUGCUGAUAAGGAGCUUAUGGUACUUGUAACCAAGCCUGCUGGAAAACUGAGGAUUUACUUAGCUACGGAUUUCACAGAGCCAGUCACCCUUCAUUGGGCAUUAUCUAAAAGGGCUGGAGAAUGGUUGGUUCCAUCUUCAAGUGUAUUGCCUCCAGGUUCAGUUUCUCUAGAUGGAGCAGCUGAAACACAAUUAACAAGAAGCUAUGUUGCUGAUCUUCCUUAUCAGGUCCAAUCCCUUCAGAUAGAGGUUGGAGAUGACAAUUUUGUGGGAAUGCCAUUUGUCCUUUUGUCAAAUGGAAAUUGGAUAAAGAAUAAAGGCUCAGACUUUUACAUUGACUUUAGCUAUAAAUCUAAGCAAGUCCAAAAGGAUGCUGGCGAUGGGAAGGGUACUGCUAAAGCUUUGUUGGAUAAAACAGCAGAGAUGGAGAGUGAGGCACAGAAGUCUUUUAUGCAUCGGUUUAACAUUGCCGUAGAUUUAGUGGAACAAGCAAAAGAUGCUGGCGAAUUGGGUUUUGCAGGGAUCUUGGUAUGGAUGAGGUUUAUGGCCACUAGGCAGCUCAUAUGGAAUAAAAACUACAAUGUCAAACCACGUGAGAUCAGUAAAGCCCAGGAUAGGCUUACAGACUUGCUCCAGAGUAUCUAUACAAGUCAUCCAGAGUAUCGAGAACUUAUAAGGAUGAUUAUGUCUACUGUUGGUCGUGGAGGUGAAGGGGAUGUGGGACAGCGAAUUCGUGAUGAAAUCUUGGUUAUCCAGAGAAAUAAUAAUUGCAAGGGUGCAAUGAUGGAAGAAUGGCAUCAGAAACUGCAUAAUAACACUAGUCCUGAUGAUGUUAUUAUCUGUCAGGCUUUAAUGGAUUAUAUAAAAAGUGAUAUGGACAUCAAUGUUUAUUGGAAGACUUUGAAUGAGAAUGGCAUUACAAAAGAACGUCUUUUAAGUUAUGAUCGUGCCAUCCAUUCUGAACCAAAUUUUAGAAGAGACCAAAGGGAUGGUCUUUUGCGUGAUCUUGGUAACUACAUGAGAACUUUGAAGGCGGUUCAUUCAGGUGCAGAUCUUGAGUCUGCUAUUACAAAUUGCAUGGGCUACAGAUCUGAGGGUCAAGGCUUCAUGGUUGGGGUGCAGAUAAACCCUGUAUCAAACUUGCCAUCAGAUUUUCUGGAGUUGCUUAACUUUGUUUUAGAACAUGUUGAAGAUAGAAAUGUAGAGGCACUGCUUGAGGGUUUGCUGGAGGCAAGGCAAGAGAUUCGGCCAUUGCUUUCCAAGUCUAAUGAUCGUCUGAAGGAUCUGUUAUUUUUGGAUAUUGCCCUUGAGUCAAGUGUUAGGACAGCAAUAGAAAGAGGAUACGAGGAAUUGAACAAUGCUGGACCAGAGAAAAUCAUGUACUUCAUCUCUCUGGUUCUCGAAAAUCUUGCCCUUUCAUCAGAUGACAAUGAGGAUUUCUUAUACUGUUUGAAGGGAUGGAAUGAGGCUUUAGGCAUGUCCAAGAGUAAAAGUGAUCACUGGGCACUAUAUGCGAAAUCAGUUCUUGAUAGAACUCGCCUUUCACUUGCCAGCAAGGCUGACUGGUACCAGAGAGUGUUGCAACCAUCAGCAGUGUAUCUUGGAUCUCGACUAAGUGUUGACCACUGGGCUGUGGACAUAUUUACAGAGGAAAUGAUUCGUGCUGGAUCAGCUGCGGCUUUAUCUUUACUUCUUAAUCGACUUGAUCCAGUUCUUCGCAAGACAGCAAAUCUUGGAAGUUGGCAGGUUAUCAGCCCAGUUGAAGUUGUUGGAUAUGUUGCUGUAGUGGAUGAAUUGCUCACUGUACAGGAUAAAUCUUAUGAUCGCCCUACAAUUUUGGUGGCAAGGCAUGUUAAGGGAGAGGAAGAAAUACCUGACAGUACAGUUGCUGUGUUGACACCUGAUAUGCCAGAUGUUCUAUCACAUGUUUCAGUGCGAGCAAGAAAUGGCAAGGUUUGCUUUGCCACAUGCUUUGAUCCCAAUAUUUUGGCUGAGCUCCAAGCAAAUGAAGGGAAAAUGUUGCGCCUAAAACCUACAUCUGCAGAUGUAGUAUACAGUGAGGUGGAGGAGACUGAACUAACAGAUUCAAGUUCAGCUAAACUGAAAGAAGCCAGUCCUUCAUCUUCAAUAACUUUGGUCAAAAAGCAAUUCUCUGGUAGAUAUGCCAUAACAUCUGAGGAGUUCACAAACAAAAUGGUUGGUGCUAAAUCCCGUAAUAUAGCAUAUCUAAAAGGAAAAUUGCCAUCCUGGAUUGGGAUUCCGACAUCCGUUGCUCUACCGUUUGGAGUAUUUGAGAAGGUUCUUUCAGAUAAUAGAAAUCAGGCAGUGGCCAAGAAGUUGCUUGUAUUGAAGAAAAAGUUAGGAGAAGAUGAGUAUAGUGCUCUCAGAGAGAUUCGUGAGACAGUUUUACAGCUGGAAGCACCACCCCAGCUGGUGCAAGAACUGAAGACCAAGAUGAGAAGUUCUGGAAUGCCUUGGCCUGGUGAUGAAGGUGAGCAGAGAUGGGAGCAAGCUUGGAUGGCUAUAAAGAAGGUCUGGGCUUCAAAAUGGAAUGAAAGAGCCUACUUCAGCACAAGAAAAGUGAAAUUAGAUCAUGAAUAUCUCUGCAUGGCUGUCCUGGUUCAGGAAGUAAUCAAUGCUGAUUAUGCUUUUGUUAUCCACACAACUAAUCCAUCUACAGGAGACUCAUCAGAGAUAUAUGCUGAGGUGGUGAAGGGACUUGGAGAGACUUUAGUUGGAGCUUAUCCAGGCCGUGCUCUGAGUUUUGUCACCAAGAAAAGCAAUUUGAAUGCUCCUCAGGUUUUGGGUUAUCCGAGCAAACCCAUUGGACUCUUUAUCAGGCCAUCUAUCAUCUUUCGAUCUGAUUCCAACGGUGAAGAUCUAGAGGGAUAUGCUGGGGCUGGACUUUAUGAUAGUGUGCCAAUGGAUGAAGAGGAGAAAGUUUUGCUUGAUUACUCAUCUGAUCCUCUAAUCAUGGAUGGCAAUUUUCGACAAUCAAUCCUCUCUUCCAUUGCCCGUGCAGGACAUGAAAUUGAGGAACUCUAUGGAUCUCCACAAGACAUUGAAGGUGUCAUUAAGGAAGGGAAACUUUAUGUCGUCCAGACAAGACCUCAGAUGUGACACCAAUUACUAUUGUUGUUUCAGAAGUUUGAGUUUUUCUUGGUGAAACUGUUAAUGAAAAAGCUAUAUAUCAGUGAAAAAAAUAACCUAAAAAAGGAAUAAAACAUAUAAUUAGGAGAUAGUAUUUGGUGGGAGGAACAAACUUAUGCAAGUGAAUCGCAUAUAAGAUUCAUUUAUAAAUGUAAUAAAGAAUACAUAUUUGUGUA